GUUGGUUCCGAAGCUAGUAUCCGUUAAGUAAUCGUGACUUUUCGCAUUUCAAUGACGGAAUUAGUUUGUUUUUUGUGAUACACAGAUUUCAGCGAUGGCAUGUAAUUAUCUUCGUGCAGCUCAAAGAAUUGAGCAUAUUCUACAAAGUUCAUUAUCCAGAGGGAUAAAUCAAUCAGAGAUGAGGCGCAGUAUUCACAUUUUGUCAAAGAUGAAAAAGAGAGACUUGCGAGCAUUUCUUCGUGAUCUUGGUAUACUGAAAGAGCAAUCGUCGGAUGGUUUUGGAAAAUUUGCUAAAAAAGAUGGCCCAAAAUCUGGACAGUCUGCCCCCAAAUCACAGACUACUAAAGGUCCACCAAAAAGAGAUCCUAAAGAUUUUCGACCACCAGGAAAUGAUGGAAAAGACAUGAAAGAAUUCAAGUUCACUUUAAAUUUGGGUAACAAAAAGGGAGGAGGAGGCGGCGGCAGUAAUUCACCUGAGACUGAGAAAUGGGUGAAGAUAAUUAUGGCAUGCUCAAGUAUUGCAGCACUUUCUGUUCUUGCAUACUAUGCCCAGUUUAAGGAGAUAUCGUGGCAUGAAUUUGUUGACCAGUACAUACAGACAGGGGCAGUGCUGAAAAUAGAAGUGAUAAACAAGCAGUGGGUCAAAGUCAUCUUGAAGCAACCAGUGAGUGGGCAGACACCAUGGUUUACGCUUGGUUCAGUUGAACAGUUUGAGAAAAAUCUGGAGCAAGCACAGUUAGAUCUAGAAAUAUCUCGGGCCAAUUUUGUUCCAGUUUACUACAAGACAGAACAUGCAAAGGAAUUUACAGCGCAGGUACUAAGAAGCUUGGUUCCAUUGCUCAUCCUUUUUGGCGUAUUCUACGCCUUUCAGUCAGGGAAAGGUGGCGCUGGCAGAUCAGGUGGUGGAUUAUUCAGUUUUGCUAAAUCAACAGCUAAGGUGGUUAAAGAGGAUACAGGAGUCAAAUUCAGAGAUGUAGCUGGUUGUGAGGAAGCCAAAAUAGAAAUCAUGGAAUUUGUGAACUUCCUCAAAAACCCACAACAGUAUGUUAAUCUUGGUGCAAAAAUCCCAAAAGGGGCCUUACUGACUGGACCGCCUGGAACAGGAAAGACCCUUUUAGCAAAGGCGACUGCGGGAGAAGCUGGUGUGCCAUUUAUUACAGUAUCUGGGUCAGAGUUUCUUGAAAUGUUUGUCGGAGUUGGUGCUUCCAGGGUUCGGGACAUGUUUGCAACAGCAAGAAAGAAUGCACCAUGUAUAUUAUUUAUAGAUGAAAUAGAUGCAGUUGGUAGGAAGAGAGGCGAGAAUAAAGUUGGUGGCAGCCACAGUGAACAAGAAAGUACUUUAAACCAGCUGCUGGUAGAGAUGGAUGGUUUCCAGAAUCAAGGAGGAGUAGUUGUGUUAGCUGCUACAAAUAGAGUAGACAUACUAGACAAAGCUUUACUUAGACCUGGCAGGUUUGACAGGCAAAUCUAUGUUUCUAAUCCAGAUAUUAAAGGGAGAGCAUCAAUAUUCAAAGUUCAUUUGAAGAAAAUAAAAACAUCCCUAGAAAAAAAUGAUCUGGCGAGGAAGAUGGCUUCCUUAACACCUGGCUUUUCUGGUGCUGAUGUAAUGAACGUGUGUAAUGAGGCUGCCUUAAUUGCUGCACGUGAUUCCAAGUCAGAAGUAGAAUUGGUAGACUUUGAGAAAGCUAUUGAACGAGUUGUGGCAGGUUUAGAGAAGAAAACCAAAGUUUUAUCACCAGCAGAGAAGAAGACAACAGCCUACCAUGAAUCUGGCCAUGCUGUCGCUUCAUGGUUUCUUGAACAUGCAAAUCCUUUAUUAAAGGUCUCAAUAAUACCUCGUGGUCAAGCUUUAGGUUAUGCAAUGUAUCUUCCAAAGGAACAUCACUUAUUUACAAAAGAACAGAUGGAGGACCAUAUGUGUGUAGCACUUGGUGGUAGGGUUGCUGAGGAGAUUUUCUUCAAUAAGAUAACCACAGGGGCUAUGGAUGACCUGAGGAAGGUCACACAAAGUGCUUAUGCCCAGGUCGUACAGUACGGAAUGAGUGAGAAAGUUGGUCAGUUGUCCUUCAGCAUGCCAGGAGAACAAAUGUUUGACAAACCUUAUAGUGAAGAAACUGCUCAGUUAAUAGAUAAUGAGGUCAGAGAUAUUGUCAGAAAGGCUUAUGAGAAAACAAAGGCUCUUCUAAACAAACACAAGGCUGAUGUUGAAAAGCUUGCCCUCAGGUUAUUGGAGAAUGAGAAGAUAGAUAAAGACACUAUUAUAGAAUUGAUUGGUCCAAGACCUUUUGCUGAGAAGUCAACAUAUGAGGAAUUUGUUGAAGGAACAGGAUCUUUUGAAGAAGAUACAAGUUUACCAAAAGGUUUGGAAGGCUGGGAUAAACCUGUUGCCAAAAAGGACUCUGAUGAUAAAAAUUCUGAUGCUGCAGAACCCCAAGCUGCAUAAGUGAAAUUUAUGCAUUAGUGCCCCAGGCUGCAUAAGUAAAACCUGAACUACUAAAAUUGCUGCUGAUAUUACAAGUAUCUCAAAAGAGGGGUCACAUAAUGAAGAGCUGUUCACCAUUUCAAAGUGUAUGUUCAUUGUUUUGACAAAUAUUUACCAGCUCUAGACUUUGAAUUUCAUCCAGUUGUUUUAUGGUUCAGACAUACAAGUAAAGCUUUUACGUCUUCAGUAGAAAUGGAUUUUUUCAGGAGCAACAGGAAAUAAUACACCAGUUUACCAGCAAGGAUAGACCUUAAUCAUUGCCAGCAUUCAGCAAGUAUUUUUUUUAUCGGAGAAGGUAAUCGUGAAAGUAUAUGAUCAGAUAUAAGAAAAGAUUUCCGUCAUUUGACAAUCAGCUUGUUUCAAAUGUGUGUUGACUGUCUUUUGUCAUGGUAACAGAAUGGUCUUCAAACUAGAAAAAAAUACCAGCUUUUUGUUGAAGGGUAAAUAAGUCAGUAAGGAAGACUCUAUAUUGGUUUUUUAUUCUUUUUAAUGGGAUUUUGUUUCUUCACUUUCUAAUAUAUAAGCAUUAAUUUUCUUUUUUAUUUAAUACCAGUUAUUGCCAGCUGCCUGUAAAACAAGUGUUCUGCAGUGCUAUACUCCACACAGGUGUUUUAGGAAGACUGAAAAGCAGAGACAGUAUGGUAUAUGCUAAUAUGCAAGAAAGCAUUUAAAAGUACAAGUCUAUCAUAUUAACCUUUAGCAUGCUAGAUAAAUUGUCGUCUGCUGGAAAUGUCGUCUGCUGAAAUUGUAAAGUUCAUUCAAUUUGCUCCAAAAUUGGAAGAAAUAUUGUCAGAGUAGCAAACAGCUUGGAACCUGAUCAGACGCCGAUUUAAUCAGCGUCUGAUCUGGUUCCAAGCUGUUUGCAAAGGCUGUUAAAUUCGCCUGCAGCAGGCUAAGGGUUAAUACACAUAUUUUUUUUACUAGUCAAAUGUAAUUCCAACUGAAAACCCCCUAUGUAUUGAGUUAUAGAAAGAGAGCCGUUUAUUUAACCAUGCCAUGUUUCUCAUGCAUCUGUUGCUGUAGCAGUUGUUUUAUCAUGGUAUUUGUAGUUUGAACAUGUUAACUAUACAGCAUUAUAUUUAUCAUGACAAUUACUGAGCUUAUUGGCCAUUGCUGUAGAGUUUUAUAUGUACAGUUUAAAUUCAAUAUCUCAAAUUAAGGGAUUGAGUAUUUUACUUCGAGAUAAUUGAAAUUCAAUUUAAAAUGAUUGUUUUUGCAAUUCUUUGAGACGGGACAUGAAAAUGCUUUCGAGAUAACUAGAAAUUUGAAAUAAGCGAGUUUGUGAUACCGUGUUUCAAGUGUACUUCAACAUAUCUAAAAUAGUUCACAGUUUGCAUAUGUGCGGGAAUGAAUGUAACGUGCCUGCAUCUUUGGAUGAAUCUUUCAUUGUGGUGGAAUGAUAAAAAGUAAAUACUAAAAUUCAGAUUUUAUUUUCUUCAUAUAUGUCAAAUAUGAAAACAAUGUUGUCAGAAAUAGUAUAAAAUAUGUUGUUGAAAAUAAAUGCUGCUACGAAAGA